UUGCUUCUUGCGUCCCUGACUGACUCUGAUUGAUUUGACUGAUUGGGGGUAGGUUCCGUCAGUCCGUUCCUCCUUCCCCCAUCACUCGAGGCGUUUCUUGUUUCUUCAUCUGUCGAUGCAAUGCCGCCGCCGCCUCCCGUCUCUUUCUUUAUCUGCCCUGUUCCCCUUUUCCUUUCUUGACGAAUUUAAUGGCCUCCCUCCGCUCCACGUUCAGCGCCUACCAGAUGUCCGAUGUCGAUGUGCUUGCUGCUCGUAGCCUGCCUGCCUACCUGCCUACCUCCUGUGAUCCCGGUGUGAUCCACCUCCUUUCCUUUCCAAGGGGAGGAGGGGAGAAAGCGGGGAGGCGCUCGUGAUUCCGCCACCUGUUCCGGUCCAGAUGCCUGGGAACUCAGUUGACAAGUGAGCAGUCUUGUUAGAUUUUGGAUAAAGUGAAGUGAAAAUUGGAUCUUCACUCGUCUGAUUGAUCUGCACUGCUGGAACUCCUUGUGACCAGACCACCAUGUCCGUGGAGGCUGCUAAGCACAACGUGCCUGGGCACCAGGCUACUAAACCAGUGGCUGAUCACGCGGCAGAUCCAGUUACUGCAAAGGAGGACAAGAAAGCAAUGGAUGGAGAAGGAGCGCCGGAGGUUGCUGCUGUUAAGAAUGUCCUGGAGGAGCAAAAGCCCUCCCAUCGGCGGCAAGAGUCUUCUGCGUCAAUGUUGGACAAGGGUCCUUCCAGUGUUUGCUCAGACUGCGGUGUCCUGGACGAGCCGCCAACCCCACAGGGUGGUUCCGGGGAACUGAAGGAUAACCAGAGCUUGGACUGCAGUGGUGGUAAUCAGGAGAAGAAUACGUCACAGAAGAGCAGCAUGAGCGAGAGCUUUGCUUCUGCCAAGGCCAGCGAUGGGGCGAACAGCCUGAGGAAGACCAGUGGCAGUGCUAAGAUCAGUGACCGGGCUGAUUUUCCGGAGAGCGGAAAGAGCAGCAUAUGCCGCCCGAGCGCGAGCAGCAACAUCAGCGAUGAGAGCUCAUGCAGCAGCAUGAGCAGCAGCACGACGAAGCCACACAAGGGGAGUGAUUCUAGGUGGGAAGCCAUCCGAGUGAUUAGAUCAAGGGAUGGCAUUUUGGGUUUGAGCCAUUUUAGGCUGCUUAAGAAGCUGGGCUGUGGUGAUAUUGGCAGCGUGUACCUCUCUGAACUGAAUGGUACGAAGAGUUACUUUGCCAUGAAGGUCAUGGACAAAGGGUCAUUGGCGAGCCGGAAGAAGCUUCUUCGAGCGCAGACAGAGCGGGAGAUACUGCAAUCUCUGGACCAUCCGUUUCUUCCAACACUAUAUACCCACUUCGAGACAGAUAAAUUCUCAUGUUUGGUGAUGGAGUUCUGUCCAGGAGGGGACCUUCACACCCUUCGACAAAGGCAGCCUGGAAAAUACUUUUCAGAGCAAGCAGCCAAGUUCUAUGUAGCCGAAGUUCUCCUCGCACUGGAGUACCUGCAUAUGCUUGGGAUUAUAUACCGUGAUCUGAAGCCGGAGAACGUCCUUGUUCGGGAGGAUGGGCACAUAAUGCUCUCUGAUUUUGACCUCUCCCUUCGCUGUGAUGUAAACCCUACUGUUGUCAAGUCUGCCAACCCUGGACCAGAUGCGCUGCAGAGGAGCAACCAAGCAUACUGUGUUCAGCCUACUUGUAUCGAGCCAUCCUGCAUCCAGCCGGCAUGUGUUGCUCCAACUACGUGCUUUGGUCCCCGUUUUUUCUCCUCCAAAUCCAAGUCCAAGAAGGAGAAGAAGCCAAAGCCGAAGCCUGAGAUUGUCAACCAAGUGAGCCCGCUGCCUGAGCUCAUUGCGGAGCCAACCGAUGCUCGCUCUAUGUCAUUUGUUGGCACCCAUGAGUACUUGGCGCCAGAAAUAAUCAAGGGAGAAGGCCAUGGCAGUGCUGUGGAUUGGUGGACCUUUGGUAUAUUCCUUUAUGAGCUCCUAUUUGGUAAGACCCCUUUCAAGGGGUCAGGAAACCGGGCUACACUCUUCAAUGUUGUUGGUCAGCCCCUUCGGUUCCCAGAGUCCCCAAUUGUGAGUUUCUCAGCUAGGGACUUGAUAAGAGGAUUGCUGGUCAAAGACCCGCAGCAUCGUCUUGGCUACAAACGAGGGACUACUGAGAUCAAGCAGCACCCGUUCUUUGAGGGUGUGAAUUGGGCGUUGAUUCGGUGUGCAAGCCCUCCGGAUGUACCAAAGCCUGUCGAGCUGGAUCGCCCACCAAAACCGGCCCCAGCUAACGAUAAGGUUGCUCCAGCUGCCAACCAGAAGGGCCCAGAUAACUUUCUGGAGUUUGAAUUCUUCUAGAGUUGUUUUCCUUUCAGUUUUGUAAUGUGGGUUGGUGCAUGCAAGCUGGUGUAUGAAAGGAGGAAGAUCAGUUCGGAGGCGUAUACUGUGAUGACUGGUGAUGCUCUAUUGUAAGCUGUAGUUCUAUUUCGAGUAGCUCUUGUUCGUUUUUUUUCUCUCUCCAUUGAACUGCUAAAGACCCUAUUUGUACCGGGUCAAUGUUGCAAUUUUUUUUAGAAAAUCUUGUGGUGCUUAAAGGACACAGGGGAAUACUUUCACCCUGGCAUUGUAAAUCCUGUUUGAUUUGGCAUCAAUUGCAACUGAAUUUCCUUUCUUGAGCA